AUGGUGGAAAGCAAGUUUGGUCAUACUUUGACCAAUGUUUUGAAAGCUUUUCUUGAUCAACCUUCAAACACAAUUUCGUGGUUUAAACUAUUAUUCCUAUCACGCUUGGUUCUCCGUAAAGAGCCCCGCGGAGGCAGAUGCCACAACAUCAGCGUCAAAAUCAACAACAGGCAGGGCGCUUUGACAAAAGGCUCAUUUGAAGAAAUGGUGAAUUCAUUUGAAACUGGCUCAGAUGUUAACAAGAAAAAUGCUCGUCAGCCAAAGUUGGGUGCCCUAGGCAAGUGUAAAAUGGAGCAAAGCAACAUCAAGAACGCCAUGAAAGUAUUGUCAUCAACUGAUACAAUGGCUCCAAACUCGGUAGACACACUUGAUGCCCUGAAAGACAAGCAUCCCGAUGCUCCGCCCGAUAGAAAAACAAGCCUGGAUAAAGAACUCACAAUUGUCUCAAUCACCGCACAAUAG